GCUAGGAGACGGGAACGCCAGCCUGCUAGGGGAGCCUCGACCCGUAGGCCUUGGCUGGUCAGUGGAGGCUGAGCGACAACGGAUUUGACUUCCCCGGGUGCCCCGCGCCUCCUGGGCUGAAGACACGCGGCUGCCCCGGCCUCGAGGAGCCAUGGAGCCUGGAAAGAGAAGAACCAAAGAUGACACUUGGAAAGCAGAUGACCUUAGAAGACACCUAAAGGCUGUACAAUCAGGUAGUCCCAAGGAAGAGAAGAAACUCAGAGAAAAGAAGACGCACAAGGAGUCAGAACUGGGUCUUCUUGAUUACAGAGAACACAAGAGCAGGGACCCAGACCGGGAGGCCCGCCACAAGGAGAGGACUGCCGAGAGAGACCUUCACCCCUCCACAGAGCGUCCUCGUGGGGAGAGAGACCGGGAGAAGCACAAGGAAAGGAGGAAAGACGUGAAAGACCGUGAGAAAGACAGGCCGAAAGAAAGACAUCGAGAGCAAGAUUCAGAGAAGGUUCAUAGUCGAGGCAAAGACAGAGAGAGAGAGAAAGACAGAAGGGCCAGGAAAGAAGAGCUCAGGCAGACUGCUGCCUACCAUGACCUCCUGGUUAGAGAGGUGCGCGGCCGGCAGAUGCUGGAGAGAGUGGAAAAGAAGGUCCGCGCAGGAAUGCGGCAGCUGUGUGCACCUGCAUCCGGCUUUUACAUGGGUUCUGGGAUUUCCCUGUUGGUUUCAAAGCUGCAGUACGGAGACAGUAAAGAGAAUCCUCUCAACUACUGGCUGUAUAAAGAGGAAGGUGAAAAGAAGCACAGGAAGGUGAGAGAUACAGAUCGGGACAAGAGACACCGAGACAGAAGCAGCACGAGGGAGAAAAGAGAGAAACAUUCAAAAGAAAAGGGGAACUCGCUCUCUGACAGGGAAGUGGAAGAGAGACACCGAGAGAAGCGGCACAAGGAAGGACUCCAUCAUGAUGAGGAGAGGCGCCGCAGUCACGCAGAUAAAAGAGAGAGAUCUGGGAGAGAGGAGCACAAGAGGAGGGAAGCGAAGGAACCUGAAAAGGAAGACAUUGAUUUAGAGGCUACUGCGGCUGAUGAAUAUUUUGAAGAUGAUUUUGAAGAUUAUGAAGAUGACUUUGAGGUUUGUGAUGGAGAUGAUGACAGCAAUAAUGAGCAUGACUCUAAAGAAAAGGCUGAAGAACUUCCUCUAGCCCAGAAAAGGGAGAUACAAGAAAUUCAAAAGGCAAUCAGUGCGGAGAAUGAAAGGGUUGGAGAGUUAUCUUUGAAACUGUCUCAGAAGCAAGGUCGAAUGGAGUAUGAGAAGGAGCCCUGGGAAGAUGGAAAUGAUUCCAUUUCCAGAGCCCCUGUUUGUGGAAUUUUUGUGGAUUUUGUAACAGCCUCACAUCGCCAGAAGAGCCGGAGUCAGGCCCUCAAACAAAAGACAAGAAGCACAAAACUGCUCCGGCUUAUUGAUUUAGAUUUUUCAUUCACCUUUUCUCUCUUGGACCUACCACCAGUAAAUGAAUAUGACAUGUAUAUUAGGAACUUCGGGAAAAAGAAUACCAAACAGGCGUAUGUUCAGUACAAUGAAGAUAAUGUUGAAAGAGACGUCCAGACUGAUGAUAUAGAAACCAGGGAAGUGUGGACCCAGCACCCAGGAGAAGGCUCUGUUGUAUCUGGAGGUAGUGAAGAAAAAGACUUCUCUGAUGUCACAGUUGUACCAAAGAUUGACACUCCACGGUUGUCUAGUUUUCUCCGGGCAGCAUGCCAGGUGGUUGCUGUUUUGCUUGAAGAGGACCGUUUGGCUGCUGGGCCCAGCCAGAAUCCCCGGGCUCAAGACAAAGCUCUGAACAUCAGUGAGAGUUCCUCCCAGCUGAACACAAACCUGCCGUUCCUUCAGGGGCGGAAAGUAUCCUGUUUGCAUGCCUCUCGAGUUCAGAGGCAGACUGUGGUUUCUGUUCAUGACUUACCUGAAAAGGCAUUUGCCCCAUCUCUGGAUAGCCGGCACCUCCUCUGUGUGUGGGAUAUUUGGCAGCCUUCAGGGCCCCAGAAGGUUCUGAUAUGUGAAUCAAAGGUCACAUGUUGCUGCUUCAGCCCCUUAAAAGCAUUUUUGCUGUUUGCCGGAACAGUCCACGGCUCUGUGGUCCUUUGGGACUUAAGAGAAGACUCCAGGAUACACCAUUAUGUGAGACUGAGCAAUUGUCUCUGGGCCUUCCGGACCCCAACAUUUUCCACUGAUGGAGUCCUCACAUCAGUGAACCACCAAAGUCCUCUUCAAGCCAUAGAGCCGGUUGUUACAUCUGCUUACAAGAAACAGAGCUUGGUGCUUUCACCCUUUUCUACUCAAGAAGAAAUGGCAGGCUUGUCAUUUCACAUCGCUUCCCUGGACGAGAGUGGUAUUCUCAAUGUGUGGGUGGUUGUUGAAUUACCAAAGGCAGAUAUCUCUGGUUCAAUGAGUGAUUUAGGUUUGAUACCUGGAGGGAGGGUCAAAUUGGUGCACAGUACUGCGAUCCAUCUGGGCAACAGUCUUUCCCAUAAAGAUAGUGAAUUCUGGGGGUCCACACAAACACUAAGUGUCAAAUUUCUGCCUUCGGAUCCUAAUCACUUUGUUGUCGGCACCGACAUGGGACUUAUAAGCCACAGUACCAGACAAGAUUGGAGAGUAUCUCCCAAGGUGUUCAGACCUCAGCAACAUGGUAUCAGACCAAUAAAAGUUAAUGUGAUCGAUUUUUCACCGUUUGAAGAAACCGUAUUCUUGGCUGGCUGCUCAGAUGGAAGCAUCAGAUUGCACCAGCUGACGUCCGAGAGGCCUUUCAUGCAGUGGGACAGCAGCACCAGUGGCCACUCUGUCACUAGCCUGCAGUGGUCCCCAACCAGGCCUGCUGUGUUCCUGGUCCAGGAUGAUGCAUCCAGGAUCUAUAUCUGGGACCUUCUUGAGAAUGACUUGGGUCCUGUGGCUCAACAGUCCAUCUCUCCAGACAGGCUUGUGGCCAUGACCAUCAUGGGGGAUCCCGAGAAGGUCAGUGGUAGCUUUAUGGCCCUGGUGUUGGCCAGGGCCUCUGGCACAGUUGACAUCCAGUACCUGAAGAGGCGGUGGACCACCCCAGCGGCGGAUGAGCACAGCCAGCUGCACGUGCUUCUUCACAAGUGAAAACUUAGUGUCAGGAGGAUGACGAGUACCUAAGACUUGAUUACAAGAUGGAUCCCUUGACUCUGUGUUGAUGUGAUUUGUGUACAUAGGAUAUGUAUAUUCUGUACAUAAUUUGUUUUAGAAGAACGGUACUUUGGUAUUCCCAGAAAUAAAUCACUAUUUUUAAUGGAAACAAUGAACAUUUUAGUGUAUACUGAACUUCAAAGGAAAUACUGAGUGAUGUCCAGAAAGCUCGACUAAGAGUAUUUGCAGUUAUUUUUGGAACAAUUUAAAAAUACUGUCAUAAUUAUACUACUGGAUUUUAAACAGC